GAGCCAGAGCCCCGUAUGUUUCAAAAUCGAGGUUCUUGGGAGCUGCUGGAUAGCAUUAUACAUCCAUGUUGGACAGUCGUCCCACGGCUUCCUAACAAUAUUCAGGCAGAAGGGAAGAAGCUUGGUCUGGUGGGGUGGGUCCAAAACACAGGCGCAGGAACUGUUCAGGGGCAGCUACAAGGCCCACGCUGCAAGGUGAAAGAAAUGCAAGUAUGGCUGAAAUCCACCGGGAGCCCCAAAUCAAACAUAACCAAGGCAGAGUUCAAGAACGAGAAAACGGUCAAUAGCCUAGAAUACUCAACUUUUAACAUAGUAAAAUGAAAUAACUCAUAGAUUGUGCCUGUAAUGUUAACUUUGAAGCAGAUAUUUAUUUAUUUAGUCUUUUCUUAUUGGUUGGAUUACAUUCAAGUAAUGGAAUAAAAAUAUGUUAAGGUUAUGUCUCAUUAACAUCUACAAUAUGGAAUAACAUUCUAUAAAUGGAAAAUUCCUCUCA